CCCACCUACAGAUGGCGGCUUCCCACAAACACAACAGCGCUUUCAUCAUGGCGUGUAUCGAAUAAAUUUCUACAAUGGCUGGUACGCAUUGCAUAUCAUUUUGUUACACACGCCCACCUGAUGAAAAACUGGAAGCAUGUAGUACAGUGAAAGAAUUAAUUCCACUUGGCGCUCCACGACGUGACAGUGUAGAUGCCACGCCACAUCCUGUGUCAGGUAGUCUACGUCUUGAACCUACUGCGAAGACUCCAAAACUCUUGUGCUCACUGCCUAAAUGUAUCCCGCCCACUAAAAACCCUGAGCUGGAACAGAGGGACAAGUCCACUUCAGCUGCACUCAAAGCCUCCAAUAAAAGACCACAUCAGGAUAGUAUUCUGGAUUGCAAAGUUGUUAUGAGAAAACUACAACCAAAUAAUGGCAACAUUAACUCCAGGAAGGAUGGCUCUCUCAAUCCCACGGUUAAAAAGGACACUCUGCGGAGGACCAGUUCUUACAACAGAGACAGAGAAAUUUAUUUUGCUCUCAGUAAGGAGCUGAAUGAAAACUUGAGGGUUGGAGGAGGUUUGUUUCAGUCAGAUGCUGUGAAAGGCCAGAGACAUUCUCUUCCUCAUACAUCCCACUCCAGGCGUAACCCUGAGAGCAGUAGUUCCUGCUUAUUCCAGCAGAAACCCGAAGCGUCAGUUAACACAGGGGAGCGAUUCAUCCACCAUCCUGAUCAGAAAAAAGAUAGACUGGAGAAUAGAGACCACAAAACCUCUCAUUGUAGCAACAUGUCCUUACAGAAGGAAUUAAGCACCCCUCACCACAAGACUAGUCCAGAGGGCAGGAUGUCUCUAUCUGCAAAGAGAAAAAGGGAGGGUAGUACAGACAGUGAGAAGGAAAUUAAACGGCCGUGUGUUGAUUUCCAACCCACCUCGAGCUCUUCCAUUAUAAACUCGCCUUUAAAGUUCGUCAAGAGUGCUUUUGUGAAGUCCAGCAAUGAGUUUGUGAUAACUAUAAAGGAGAAAGAAUCCCCUAAACCGCUUCCUGCCGCACCAAACAGCAACAACAAACCGAGACCUCCGCCUUCCAUCACCAGGCAGCUCUUUGAACCAUGUAAGGACUCAAAUACAGGGAACGACAAACCUCAUUCAUUUCAACUCGGUAAAUCACCCACGACUGCAGAGCCUAAAGAUGCUAUGGUGGCACGAGCCAACAAAAAUCCCAGAGCUCCACCCAGCCAACCGCAUUUGCGCAAAGUCUCUCCGAAGUCGAGCACAACGUUCGACAGUAUCGAGACCCUCUUUACUCCAGACUGCUGCUUACCAUCGCCAAAAACUCGUAACAAAAAAACAAAUGCUGAGAGAGAAGCUUGUACAGUCUCCACACACACAAGCCCCACUUCUGACCAUAAGGAGAGUGUUAAAAUUCACUUGUCCCCUCAUCAUCCUGAUCUAAGAUCACCCAGCUUUGCAGAACAAGCCAGUUCAUGUAAGAUGGAAACGGAUGAAAGAACACAGUUGAAAGUGGAGCAGUCACGCAGCCCCAAGGCUAUCAUGCCUGCCCCAGCUGUUUCGGUGAAAGAAGAAUCAAGAGAACAGAAGUGCUGCCCCCAGUGGAAAGAUCCCUUAGAUAUUGAGCUGGGAGACGACUCUGGCGAUGAGCUGAGAGAACACUGCAAUAUCAGCCUCAGCAGCAGCAGCAGUGGUCAUGAAGAUGAUCCGCUGCCAUCUCUGGAGAAGCUGAUGAGUCGGAGAGACCAUGUGCCGGUUACUCCCGAAAAAGAUGCUUUCUCAGAACCCAACACACCCAUCUCAAAAGCAGCACCCGAGGCAGUGAAAACCAAAGCCGUUAGUUAUAGAAAUACACUAGAGCAGAUGCUGCAAGAGAAGGAACAAUAUCAGAGGUCAAAAGAGUUGGAGAGACAGUUACUUGAGUCAUGUGAAGAGGAUCUGCUGAAUUUAUAUGAGGAUGAGAACAGUGAAAGUAAAGAGGAAGACAUCUCACUUGAGCAAAGAGAAUUUUUGCAAAGGUUCUCGGUCGCCUCAUGUGCCAUCAGGGACAUCCACCCAGGAGAGGAAGUAUUCUUACCUGCUAGGUUUGGUCGACUCUUCAACCACCAGACGCUGGACCUGAGGAAGAUUAGUGUGACUCCGCAUAACAAAUCACAACAAAUCCUCCUUCAGGCCCGUACUGAGCAUGUGCUGUCUCUGAUCAGUGCUGGCUUGUUGAGGAAAGCCUACUUUUCUUUCCCUUGUCAGCCUGAGGUUACAUGCUGGCUUUUCCAGAUGAUGUCAGUUCACCCAAACCCCAUUAUUUCCUCACACAUCAUGCAGUCCUUGCAGACCAUUGCUCUGUCUGCUGCUCAUCACAUAGUUGAACACCAGAGCCAAAGUUUUAAAGUGUGGGUACCCUCUGUACGGGACAUCACCCUGGUUUUCCUGAACAUGGGGGUGUCAUUUAUCAGUCUGUUCCCUUUGGAGGCUCUGCAACCCCCUUUUACUGAGGGAGACCUUUUAGAGAGCUUUCAGCUGGAAGAAACCAGCCAAGACCGAGUGCUAUCUGACAUGAAAGACAAUGCCACUUUACCAGUACAUAAUUUGGAGAGUGUUCUCAACUACCUGUCCCUGUGUACUGCAUUGUGUCCAAGAGCGUACACUGAUGAGGAGCUGAUGUUGCUUCUGGCGGUGGUGUGUAGAAUUGGACUGGAGACUCAUUUUCAGCUGCUACCAACUGGACACUUUAGCCUCCUGCUCCAGAAUCUGCUCAAAAACAUCACACACUGGGAUGUACAGAUAUCUAAAGCUUGUCAGACCCUGACUGAUUUGUCAGAAGAUCAUCACAACCUCAGGAGACUCGUUUAUCUUCUGCCAGAUAGCAGUUGUGGAAAGCAAUUAAAACGACACCUGAGUGUGUCUAUCAUCUCAAAGCUUUUGAAUCACACCUGCACUUAUAAACCCUCAGGGACAGAGUUUAAGCUAUCUGAGCUGAAACCUUUCUUACCUCAAAUGCGUCCCUCAUCCCUACUGAAAGGCCUCAGGUCUGCAAGGAGAGCAGAAGAUUGUGAUGACAAUCUAGACCAACAAGCAUAUUACCUCUGCUACAGCCUUUUGACUUUGACAAAUGAAGCCUCCAAUUUUGAGUUUUUACCCUCAGCUCAGAGAAAUGAUCUGCGGAGUCUUUCUUCUCAGCUGGAGAAGCAUAUUAAGUGUGACAUAAGGGAGAGCGAGAAAAUGCUGUAUAGGAGCAAGGUGAAAGACUUUGUAGCAAGGAUAUACACCAAGUGGCAGGUGCUUCUCACACGAACGAGGCCUCAGGAGGGAAAGCUGUAUGAUUACUGGAAGCCCCCACCAGAGGAUGAGGUGUCCAGCAGUCCUCAGGGCCAGUCCUGCAUCAAAUCACAAGACACUUCAGAGAGUGCAGAAGAAACUCUGACCACAGAGUGGAGCAGUACAGAAUCAGAUGUAGAUGCUGAGAGCAAAGAGGAAGAAGAGAACUUGCCGAAAGAGUGUGAGGAACCCCAACCUCUGGAGAAUGAAGUGAAGAUCGAACGAGAUGAAGAAGAUAGCGUGGAAGACAUCAGUAAUGAAGAGGAGGAAAAUGAUGAGCUAAAGCAACAGCUGAUAGAGCUAGAGGACGAUAGAAAGUUUGAACCAAUAUCUGAUGAAGAGCUGUUUGAAACUCAUGAAGACUUAGAGUGUGAGGAUGAUGAUGAUCUCAUGAACAGAGAGGAGGAGCUUCUAAAAGAUGAAGAGCCUCAUGAAGAAAAUAGAAAGCACAUACCUGUAGAAGAAAACACUGAGGUGUUAGAGGAGCUCGAGGACUUGUUAAAGAGCUGAGAUGAAAAAGGAAAUGAAGGAAUGGAUUUGAGAGGGAUGGAUUUUGAGAAGUCUGAGAAAGAAUAGAAACAUUCUCAGGUCAUUUCGAAAGAAUUUUACACCACACCUUUAUUGCCAUCCAUGCAUAU